GUCGUCGUUCCUUUUCGCAAUCUGUCUGUGCCGUUUGUGCUUGCUCGUAGAGGCGUUGAUCUUGGUGUUUUUUGACUGUUCGAUUUUCGUACGCGAUAAGAUCAAUUCAAAUUCUCCAAAAUGGAAGUCGAUGGAAAUACGGUUUUAGCUCGGUCGCUGAAGGAGCAGGGCGUUGAGUAUGUGUUCGGCAUCGUCGGUAUACCGGUGGUGGAGCUAUCGAUGGCGAUGCAAGCCGAGGGCCUCAAGUACAUCGGUAUGCGAAACGAGCAAUCUGCUUGCUAUGCUGCUCAGGCAAUCGGCUAUCUAACCGGCAAACCGGGCGUCUGUUUGGUUGUUCCUGGUCCGGGACUGCUUCACGUGACCGCAGGAAUGGCAAACGCCCAGAUCAACUGCUGGCCGUUGAUUGUCGUUGCCGGAGCUGCCUUCCAAGAUCACGAAGGAAUCGGUGCUUUUCAAGAGUGUCCUCAGGUCGAACUGAGCCGACCUUAUUGCAAGUACGCAGCCAGACCGGCCAGCAUUCCGCUUAUACCGCAGCAUGUGGAGAAAGCCGUUCGCUUAGCAUGCUACGGCCGGCCUGGUGUUGCCUAUUUGGAUAUGCCCGGCAAUUUACUUCUGGCAAAAGUACCGGAAGGUAGCGUUCCAAAGCAAUACGUUCAUCCGGAACGUCCGAUAGCAUUCCCGAAUACUAAAUCAGUCAAGGAAGCUGCCCAUUUGCUGGCCAAAGCCAAGCGACCAUUAGUGAUUGUCGGCAAAGGAGCUGCCUAUGCUCACGCUGAAUUGCACCUCAGACAACUGGUUCAUCAGACGAACAUACCGUUUCUUCCAACUCCGAUGGGAAAAGGAGUGGUUCCCGAUCUGGAUCCCCAAUGCGUAGCGCCGGCUAGGACACUGGCUCUGCAAAAGGCGGAUGUCAUCUUACUGCUUGGAGCUCGUCUUAACUGGAUGCUCCACUUUGGCCGCCAGCCUCGCUUCAGCCCCAAUGUCAAGGUUAUUCAGGUUGACUUGAGCGCUGAAGAAUUGCACAACAGUGUCCUAAGUACGGUUGCAGUGCAAUCGGAUAUAGUUCCAUUCACGGAACAGCUUAUCGACGAGCUGGCCAGCAUGCACUUCUACUUCGAUAAGAACAACGACUGGUGGAUCGACCUGAAGGCCAAGUGUGAGAAGAACAAGAAAGUUGUUCAACAGAUGGCGAUGGAUACGAAGGUUCCGCUGAACUAUCACGCCGUCUUCCACCAUCUGCAGGAGUUGAUCCCGAAGGAUGCCAUUAUCGUUAGCGAAGGAGCCAAUACCAUGGAUAUUGGAAGGACAUUCCUGGACAACAAAUGGCCCCGACAUCGUUUGGAUGCGGGUACAUUCGGAACGAUGGGUGUGGGACCGGGUUUUGCCAUUGCUGCGGCUCUGGUGUGCCGAGAUCGCUUCCCCGGCGAGAAAGUUAUCUGCGUGGAAGGUGAUUCGGCCUUCGGUUUCUCCGGAAUGGAGAUCGAGACCAUGAUGCGCUAUCAGCUUCCGAUUGUCAUUGUGGUCGUCAACAAUGGCGGUAUCUAUUCCGGUUACGAUAAGCAGGUCUAUGAUGACAUUCGCUGCGGAGGAGAUCUUACUAAAGUUACUCCCCCGAAUGCUCUGAACGUAGAAACGCACUACGAAGCACUGAUGAACAUGUUCGGAUCGAAGGGAUACUUUGUUCGCACCAUUCCGGAGCUGCAGCAAGCGGUCAAGGAGGCAUUAAUUUUGACCGACCGGCCUACGAUCAUCAAUGUGGCCAUCAGCCCAUCGGCGGAGCGCAAACCGCAGGACUUCCAAUGGUUGACGGAGUCGAAGUUGUAAUUGGUGGAAGCUGGUGCAUAUGAUAAGUUGAACAUUUACAUUCGUAGCCGACUAGGGAAAUCGGGUUAGAGGGUGCUUGUGUGGAAAUAUAUUUAACUUUUGUUGGACGAAAUAAAUUUACUCACU